UAAUUCUAUUCCUACACGUGGCAGCCCAACCCAAUCUCAAAUCCAGCCCAUUAUUUUUAUUUUUCGUUCAAAUAAAAGAAAUAUUAUACAUUAUAUAUUAAACUUUGAAAUAAGGGUUUCGAUUUCUAGAGAGAGAGAGAGAUGAGUUGCUGUGAAUCCGGCGACGGCAUGAAGAAAGUUCCGAAAUUGGACGGGGAUCUGGCGGAAUCCGGCGAGUAUAGUGUGAACAAGACAAAAACGAAGAAGAAGCGCAAGCGCGUGGGUACAUCUUCGACGAAACUCAAAUUGAAGAAGAAGCAGCAGCUGAAGAAGAAGAAGAAGCUACUGAGACUGAGCACAUUCCUGCGUGGAGAUGUGUUGUACGACGACCGUGAUCCCACGCGCUGCGAGGGUACAUCAAAGGGAACCCUAAACAAAUGCACCCGUUUAGCUGUUGAAGUCUUCAGCAAAACACAUGAUCUGAAAUUCAAGGUGAUGAGGCUGCUGCGGGCAUCUGGAGAUUUAUCAAUGAUGGAUUUGAUGUUUAAGGCAAAGCCUUUUCCUCUGCCCGUGCCGUAUGAUCUUGAUCCGAAUCCCCAAAUUUUUCGAGCUAGGGUUUCAUUCACACUUUACUAUGUAGACUUUGUUAAAAUUGUCCGUCCUUCUGAGCUUGUAUAUAUACAGUAGAACAUCGAUAAAUUAAUAUAAUAGUUUCUCUCGGUCCCGAAUCGGUAAGAACAUGUUAAAUUAGUAACUCGAUAAUUUAAUAUUUUGCUUUUCUUUAUCAAUAUUUUACUCUUCGUUCUCUACUUAAUUAGCCUUGAAUGAAUCUCAGAGCGGAUUUUUUUAA